CGUGUCACGCGCAUAGGUGCGUGUGUCCGCGCGAGCGUCUCUGGACCGUAGACUGGACACUAACCAACAUGGCCGAGAGUAGCCGCAGGUGGUUAUGGAUCAGAGGCCGUUUGCUCUGUUUUAUCCCAUUUCUCUUCACAGCUUCGUCUUUAAAUGGAGUUAACGCCGCUCCAGAGAUGGGCCUGUGGACUAUUACAGUGCGUAAUACAUCAAGACCUUUGUUGUUAAGAAAAGCCAUGUAUAAGAAUACUGACAUUCAACUAAGAGUGGCAUCGUUCGGUUGUCCUGAGGAAGUGAUGUUCUCCAUUCAGUGGUUUCUGAAAUAUUACCCCUGUCACAAUGAGUACAACAAUAUUGAAGAGAUGUAUGAAAAGACGCCCCUGAGUCGAGGUGAGAGUCUGGACCCGAACCCUCUCGGACCCGGACAGUAUAUUCAGCACAAAUACAGGGAAUUAUCCUGCCGCAGUGACAUGCACGUCUUCCCCAUGCUCAAUAAAUCAAAAGCAGAGCUGAAAACAGUGCGACCGGCUCAAGUGGAAAGCGAGUUACAGGAUGGCAGCUUCACAAGUUCUUCUGUUGCUGAGACUGGUUCAUAUAGAGCAAAGGAUCAUGUGAUUGCUACGACCUGGAGGGACGGGCCCUACCUGCUGGUAGUUCACAUCAAUUCAAGCAAACAGGAUGUCAACUGGAAUUUAACCUUCAGUGUUGUGAUGAAGGGAACCCACGGCUAUCUCUCUGUCACCGAAUGGCCUCUCAUGAUCUUCUACAUGGUGAUGUGUGUGGUGUACAUCCUGUACGCUCUUCUGUGGUUCGUCUGGGCGUCCUGCUACUGGAAAGACCUGCUGAGGAUCCAGUUCUGGAUUGCAGGAGUCAUAUUCCUGGGCAUGAUAGAGAAGGCCGUCUUCUGUGCUGAAUAUCAGAACACUAACAACGUGGGCUCUGCAUCUCAGGGUCUGCUGAUCUUUGCCGAGCUCAUCUCUGCUCUGAAGAGGACUCUGGCUCGUUUGCUUGUCAUCAUCGUCAGUCUGGGCUACGGCAUUGUCAAGCCGCGUUUAGGCACCGUCAUGCACAGAGUGGUGGGUCUGGGUGUGCUUUACUUCGCAUUUGCUGCAAUUGAGGGCGUUCUGAGGAUCACUGGGGCUAAAGACUCUGACCUGGCCCUGCUAGCCAACAUUCCCCUGGCUCUGCUUGACUCCUCUCUGUGUUGGUGGAUAUUUGUCAGUCUGGCACAAACCAUUAAGACUCUGAAACUCAGAAGAAACCCAGUGAAGUUGUCUUUGUACAGACACUUCACCAACACGCUCAUCUUUGCUGUUCUCGCCUCCAUUAUUUUCAUGGUUUGGACAACGAAGAAGUUCCGGUUAGCAGACUGUCAGGCGGACUGGAUGGAGCUGUGGGUGGAUGAUGCUUUCUGGAGGUUCCUCUUCUCCAUCAUUCUGCUGGUCAUCAUGUUUCUGUGGAGGCCGUCUGCCAAUAACCAAAGGUAUGCGUUCAUGCCGCUCAUUGAUGACUCGGAUGAUGAGGAGAUUGAAGAGUUCCUGGUGUCUGCAAACAUCGCUGAUGGGAUAAAGUUGAGGGCAGCUAAGACAGAAACCAAUGGAACGGUGAAGCCUGCAGCAGCUAAUCCGGAUGAAGAUUUGAAGUGGGUGGAGGAGAAUAUUCCUACCUCUCUGUCUGAUGUAGCUCUUCCAGUUCUUCUCGACUCAGAUGAGGAGAUCAUGACCACCAAGUAUGAGAUGUCUAAAAUGGAGUGAGGUUGAGAAAGAGCUUCAGCUGAAGCAGACCUCCAGAGAUCAACCGAAACUGGCAUCUGACUCUCACCGGAGAGUGUUUCCUUCCUUUGGUCCAGUUGGGUGGCAGCUUUUAGGUGAAUUGAAGGAAUCGUGCUGAAGAGGUGGACGAAUCCUAGCUGAUCUAGACGCAGUAUGAACUUCGUUGAGGUGUUACCUCUCUCUUUUUUUCCUGAACUGUUUAAACGUCCAGAAGACUUCGUCAUCAUCAGUCUGUAUAAAGAGACGACGGUCUAUGUUUAUAAACUUUUGUGAUGACAUACCUGAAAAAAUUGUGAGCAAGUAUUUAAAUGGGUUAAACGUCGAUUAGGAGCUUCAAGUUGACCAAAGUGUCUUCUCCGUUUCAGUAAGUUAGUCUUUGGCUGUAUAUAAAGUGUUAUUUCAAACGUUUUGUCUCUGAUUUCAGCACAUGAUCAUGUGAAUAGUAGAAUGUCUGUUGGUGUGUCGGAUUUGUGUUUGUUUGUGCAGGGAGUCAUUUAAAGAUGGCAGAUUGAGUAAUUAUAUAUUCUGAAUAAUUUGAAGUUGUUUGUAUUGUAGAGAGCCCAGCUCAAGGAAAGUUCACCCCAAAAUCAAAAUUGUUGUUAUUUAAUCCCCCUCAUGUCGUCUCAAACCCACAUGCUGUUAAUACUGAAGCCUGUUUGGCCACAAGAGUAAAAAAUAA